GGUGCGGCACAGAGGAGAGCUCGCAUCACAAGGUGACCCCAGCUCCCCGCCGCCGCCGCCACCGCCGUCACCGUCGACACCGCUCUCCGGCCGCUCCGCGCCCGCCCAGUCGCCUGGCCUCUCUUUCUCCCUCCCGCAGCCAAGAGCUGUCCGGCCGCUGGGGACCCGAGGAGCCGGGGGGGCUAGGAGCUCACUUGGGGCUUCUCCCCCCACCCCCCGAGAGCCCGAGAUGGAGAGCCGAAAGGACAUGGUUAUGUUUCUGGAUGGGGGUCAGCUUGGCACGCUGGUGGGCAAGAGGGUCUCCAAUUUGUCCGAAGCCGUGGGCAGCCCGUUGCCCGAGCCGCCGGAGAAGAUGGUGCCCCGCAGUUGCCUGAGCCCGCGGGCCGGUCCUCCGGCCGCCCGGGAGCGCGGCGGGGGAGGCCUGGAGGAGGAGCCGGUCGACGGACUAGCAGGCAGCGCUGCGGGCCCGGGCGCCGAGUCGCGGGCAGCCGGGGCGGCCGUGCUCGGCCCCGGACCUCCGGCCGCCUCCGCAGACAGCCUCUCGGGCCAGGGGCAACCCAGCAGCUCGGACACCGAGUCGGAUUUCUAUGAAGAAAUCGAGGUGAGCUGCACCCCGGACUGCGCCACGGGGAACGCCGAGUACCAGCACAGCAAAGGGCCUGGCUCCGAGGCACUGGCCAGCAGUCCCAAUGGCAGCAGCGAGGCCCCCAAAAGCAAUGGCAGUGGUGGCUCCCAGGGCACCCUGGCCUGCAGCGCUAGUGACCAGAUGCGACGGUACCGUACUGCCUUCACCCGGGAGCAGAUUGCACGGCUGGAGAAAGAAUUCUACAGGGAGAACUAUGUAUCCAGGCCUCGGAGAUGUGAGCUGGCGGCUGCCCUAAACCUGCCAGAAACCACCAUCAAGGUGUGGUUCCAGAACCGGCGCAUGAAGGACAAGCGGCAGCGGCUGGCCAUGACCUGGCCGCACCCGGCCGACCCCGCCUUCUACACGUACAUGAUGAGCCACGCGGCGGCCGCGGGCGGCCUGCCCUACCCCUUCCCGUCGCACCUGCCGCUGCCCUACUACUCGCCCGUGGGCCUGGGCGCCGCGUCCGCCGCGUCGGCCGCCGCCUCGCCCUUCAGCGGCCCGCUGCGCCCGCUCGACACCUUCCGCGUGCUCUCGCAGCCCUACCCGCGGCCCGAACUGCUGUGCGCCUUCCGCCACCCGCCGCUCUACCCGGGCCCGGCGCACGGACUGGGCACCGCGGCCGGCGGCCCCUGCUCCUGCCUCGCCUGCCACGGCGGCCCGGCCAACGGGCUGGCGCCCCGCGCCGCCGCCGCCGCCGCCGCCUCGGACUUCACCUGUGCCUCCACCUCCCGCUCGGACUCCUUCCUCACCUUCGCGCCCUCCGUGCUCAGCAAGGCCUCCUCCGUGGCGCUGGACCAGAGGGAGGAGGUGCCCCUCACCAGAUAAGGGGCCGCCCGCGGGCUGCCGGCUCCAGGACGCCCGCGGGGACCCCCCGCCCCGCCGGGGACUCAGCCAGUGCCCCUCCCCGCCCCCAGGGCACCGAGGGGAAAGCAGAGGGCCGCCAAGGACCAGCGGGA